GACCAAGCAACUUGACGUCCACGUUCGUUUCUGGAACAAUGGAAUUGUAAAGUCGAGGUACCUGGGUUCACAGUUCAUGGGACAUGGGACAGCGCGGGACCUACUGAAACAUGUCAAAGAGUCUUUGGAUCAAUUGGACUGCAGCAGGCUGAUGUCAGUCUCCAUGGAUGGGCCUAUAAUGUUAACUUUAAGUUUUUAGAGCUCCUCCAGCUUGACCAUGCUGAGAACUACGGGGGUGCACAACUGGUGUCCGUAGGCAGCUGUGGGCUCCACACACUGCAUAAUGCCUUCAGGGCUGGCUUUUCGAUGUGGCAUGUGGACAAGCUACUAAAGGCAAUGCACACAUUAUUCCACCAUGUUCCAGCGAGGAGGGAGGACUACGUAAGACUCACCAAGUCCACAGUGUUCCCUCGGCCAUUCUGCGGCCAUCGGUGGCUGGAAAACCUUCCGGUUAUCGAGAGGGCUCUGGCGGUCUGGCCAUCUCUCAAGCUAUACAUGGAUGCUGUGCACAGAAAAGAGCUGCCAAACCCCAAGACGGCAUCAUUUGACACCAUUGAAGUAGCCCACAACGAUCCUUUAACCAUAACGAGGAUGCACUUCUUCAUGACAGUGGCCAGGACCUUUGAUCCAUUCAUGAGGAAGUACCAAACAGACGAACCUGUGAUGCCUUUCUUUGGCAAAGACUUGGCUGAGUUGCUUAAGAGUCUACUGAGGCGCUUUGUUAAAAGGCCGGUCCUGCAAGACAUCACUGCCCUUCAGCUUACCACACUGGACCUGUCUGACAAGAACUUGCUCCUCUUCCCAGAGAAGGUUGACAUUGGCUUGGGUGCUGAGGAAGCUCUCAAGGUAUUGUCAUGA